AGACCCGGAAGCCCUGAAGCCGGGAGGGGCCGGGAGAGGCCGGGAGAGGCCGCGAGAGGGCUACCGGGAGCCCCGCGGGCCUGGGCCAGCCGUGCCCCACAGCCGACGGCCAACGCAGAAGCUUCGUGCCGACUCUUCCUCUGCGCCGGGAAGGCGGGGCCUCCGCCUUUCCCGCGUACGGGUCUCGCCGCCCCCUCAUCCUCCUCGUAGGCCCCGCGCCAUUUCUGCUACAAACGGCCGAACCGGCCCCCAGGGGCUCGCGCCGCGGCUGAGCGGCGCGGAGCUGGUCCCGGGGCGGGAUGCGGCCGCCCCUUGGGCGGUGGUGGCUGCUGCUGUGGCUGCCGCCAUUGUCCACACUGCCCGCAGGCGCUGUGCGCGGAGAGGAGGAGGAGGAGGCGGCGGCGUUAUCAGUUCCAAGGUGUAAAGCUCUGAAGGAAAUGGAUUUUAUUGAAACUUCUGACUCAGACUGUUAUUGCUACAAUCAAAAUUCCCAAGUGGAGUGGAAAUACAUGUGGUCGACUGUGCAGGUGAAAAUUACCAGUUCAGGCCUGCUCAAUAUUGUAUAUAUCACAGAAAGACAUAAUUGUCAGUAUCCAGAAACCAUUCUAUCUUUUAUCAAAUGUGUGAUUCAUAAUUUUUGGGCACCAAAGGAGUCUAAUGAAAUAACCAUAAUCAUCAAUCCAUAUGGAGAGACCAUGUGCUUUUCUGUGAAGCCUGUCAGGAAGAUAUUUGUCUACACAAUUAGUGUGAAUCGAAACAUUGUAGAUUUCAAACUCUUCCUUGUGUUUGUGGCAGGCAUUUUCCUCUUCUUUUAUGCAAAGACGUUGAGUCAAAGUCCUAUUUUCUAUUACUCUUCUGGGACCGUGCUAGGUGUUCUAAUGACCUUAGUCUUUGUCCUGCUGCUGGUGAAAAGGUUUAUUCCUAAGUAUAGCACCUUUUGGGCUCUAAUGGUUGGUUGUUGGUUUGCUUCAGUUUAUGUUGUGUGCCGAUUGGUGGAAGAUCUAAAGUGGCAAUGGCAUGAAAACAGAAUAUAUAUAUUAGGCUAUGUCCUAAUGGUGGGAUUUCUCAGCUUUGCUGUUUGUUACAAACACGGGCCCCUUGUUGACAAAAGGAAUGUAAAUCUUCUGACGUGGACACUACGGCUCCUCGCCCUGCUCCUCAUCUAUUGUGGGGUCACUGUGCCCCAGUACUCAUAUGCACUUAUGAUCCUCACCCUGUCCUCCAGGAGUCUGCGCUACCCAUUGAAAGCGUUCAGUUAUAUGAGGUGGAAAAUGAAGAAAUGGUUUACAUCAGAAAAGCUGGUGGUUAAGUAUCUUACUGAAGACGAGUACAGGGAACAGGCGGAUACGGAAACGAACGGUGCCCUGGAGGGGCUGCGCCACGCCUGCCGCAGGCCUGACUUCCCCGCGUGGUUGGUCGUCUCCAGACUCCAGGCUCCCAACAAAUUUGCAGACUUUGUUCUUGGAGGAAGCCACUUGUCACCUGAAGAAAUUAGUCUCCAUGAAGAGCAAUAUGGCUUUGGGGGUGCCUUCCUGGAAGAGCAGCUGUUUAACCUGAGGACUGCCUGAUGACCGCCUGUGCAUUGACUUCAUUCUGGACAAGGAAAUGGGUUAAGGGCAAGGGUCCUAUUAACUUUGGCCAGAACUGUUCUAGGGAACAGUGGCAAAAGCAUUUACUAUGGGAAGGAGUCAUACUAGAAAGGAAAACUGAACUAUAUUGAAGAUAACUUUUCAUUCUUCGUGAGUUCUGCUACUUAUUGUACUAUAGGUAGCCAUCAAGAUUCUGUGAGAGUCAUUACCACUUUCCUUGAAUGAAGAUUUUCAUUAGGAACAGGGGAAUCAUGUUGAUCUUCAAGGAGCCAGUUAACACAAACAUCUGCCUUGUCAACACCAGGACGUUAAAUCUUCUCUUAACCUUCAGAACUUGUGUCAAAAGACUAUACUGCUCUUCCUACAUGUUAUCAGUAUAAGUGCUGGAAGAGAUCUGAGAUAUGCUGGGUCAGUGUAUCCAAAUUAUAAUCCACAGGAUGCUAAUGAGUGCUAGUCAGUAAAGGGAUUCUGAGGUCAUCUAAGAUUGAGACAAAGUUAAACAAAUGUAAGACUUCUCAGAGCCAUUAACAAUACUAAUGCACAUUGUGAAUCUCCUAAAGAGAAAUUGUGUGCAGCAGUUUCUGACUUAAUUUGACCACAGAACCCUUUUUCAUGAGAUUAAUACUCCUUAGAACAAUUUGGAAAAUGCUAAUGAUGGCAGGAUUGAGGUUUGGGGAGGUUAAAUAACUUGUCCAUACCUGCAAAGCUAUUGGAGGUAGUGCUGGGACUAGAACUCCAAUCCUAGCGUUUCCUACAACUCAGGGUUGUAGGAAACAACCUUCAGAGGUGAGCCUGGAGACCAUCUCCCUACAGCCUUGGGUUUCACCAUAUUGGUGACUUUUUUAUUUUUUAAUAACAGACAAUUAGCUUUUUGAUAACUAUGAUAGAGAAGCAUUUCCUAAGGUUAUAUUUUAAAGCUUGGUAAGAUUUUUAUAGACAUGUAUAAAAAUUAGAAAUGAGAAUUCUGUAGUUUCUGUAUGUUGAAAUUGAAGACAUUUAACUUUUUGUGACAUUUUGAGUUGACUAGUCCAUUUUUUAAAAUUGAGUUAUAUAUAUUUGUAACAGUUUCCUACAAAACAGAUUUGUGAUCUUUCUUCAGAGAACAAAUCCUUUUUUUCUUGAUUCUCCAGAGUGAUAUGAGGGACUGACUAUGAACUUUGACCCUGGGGAAAGAAGGCCAAAACAAGCCCUGAGAAAAGAUGUGAACACAGCAAAACAAUCCAAGGGUUAAGAUGUGCUAAAUUGAUUCACUUUAAGAAACAUAAACAUAAAAAAAAUAGUCUUUUUUUGCUGUGGUGGGUUUUUAUGCCUCUAUUCUUUAAGAAUGAGGACUCUCCUUUUACUAGAAGAAGGGAUACGGAGGAAGGACACACAGAGAAUUUAGGAGCUGCUUUCCUGAGCCAAGUUCAGUAGAGUGUUUCUGAAUUGUUGAAUAAGAGCAUGGUUACCAUUUGGAACUUUCUAUGUUGAUUUUCACGUGAUAUUUCCUCUUUGAAACAGUGUGUCAAUGUUUUACAAGUUUCUCUUUUGGCCAGGUACCUUUUAAUAUUAGGAGCUUUGCAAUUUUUUGUGAAAGGCACGAAAUUCAAUCUGUGCUUUCACAUAGACUGAUUUCAAAUACCAAAGAAUCUUCCAUUCAAAUUUAUGAUGAUUGUGAUGAUGAUGUUUUAUAAGUAUAAAAUGGUUCUAAUGUCAUUUUUUUAUAGUUUAAUCGGAUUUUUUUAUAAUUUAUUGCUGAUAUAAAUGUAUCAGAUGUAUUCAUGCUUGUGAUCACCACAUUCACCUCCCAGGAGGCCGUUUUUGACAGAAUGUGUGUGUGAAUAACAUGUGAACAGUCAGCUGGAGUUCCCAGGGUCUGUCCCAGCCAGACCCCCUAGGGCUUACCUAUGCCGGGUUGAAGAGGUGCUGACUACAGAAGGAAGCAGCACCUCAUGGGUCAAGCUAACCAUCACAAUGGAAGGAAAAGAACAAGAUUGUUCUGGGAUACUGUUUUUCAUGUUUAUUUUUAGAGGAAAUCAUGGAUUUGUCAGUUUCUGUUAUGUGAGAACUGUGAGAAGCUGAACAAUUACAAGCAUUACUUAUAAUACAUUUGGUGUGUUUCUGUUGUGUUCAUUUGAUUUGGGGUUUAUUAUAGUGCUUUAUCACAGUUCUAAUCCCAUGACUCCCAUAGGAGACCUUUUUUCUCUUCUUCCC